AUGGCGAAGGAUGAAGGGGACGAUGUGCUGCCGGACAAGGACGCGGCGAAGGGAUUUUACGCCAAGUACGAGCCCAAAGAGAUCCUAGGAAGAGGAGUAUCUUCCACUGUGAGGCGAUGCAUAGAGAAAGAGACAGGAAUGGAGUAUGCGGCUAAAAUUAUAGACAUCAGCAAUGAGACUAAUGAGGAUGGGCAUACUAUGAAGGAUGCUACGCUACAAGAAGUGCAAAUACUUCGUAGAGUAGCUGGACAUCCAUAUAUCGUUGAAUUGCAUGAUGUUUUUGAAUCUAGUACAUUUAUAUUCUUAAUUUUUGAAUUGUGCAAAAAUGGAGAGUUAUUUGAUUAUCUCACGUCGGUCGUGACACUUUCUGAAAAGAAAACACGUUAUAUCAUGAGACAAGUAUUCGAAGGAGUUCAGCAUGUACAUAAUCAAGGAAUAGUACACAGAGAUUUAAAACCUGAGAAUAUAUUACUCGACGAUAAUUUGAAUGUGAAGAUAACUGACUUUGGAUUUGCCAAAAUAUUGAAAUAUGGAGAAAAAUUAGAAGACCUUUGUGGUACACCUGGCUACCUAGCACCAGAAGUAUUAAAGUGUAAUAUGUUUGAGAAAACAGAUGGUUAUGGAUUUGAAGUCGAUAUAUGGGCUUGUGGCGUGAUUAUGUUUACACUAUUAGUUGGCUGUCCUCCAUUUUGGCAUCGAAAACAAAUGGUUAUGCUUAGGAAUAUAAUGGAGGGCAAAUAUUCAUUCACUUCUCCCGAAUGGGCUGACAUAACAGAAGCUCCAAAAGAUUUAAUAAGGAAGUUGCUAGUUGUUGAUCCCAAGAGAAGAAUUUCUAUAAAAGAUGCGUUAGAACAUUCAUUCUUUCACACUGUCCUAUGGGAUCAAGACAUCGCUCCUCUAAAACGUUCUCUAUCGUCUAACUCGCGACGUCUGAGUAGGAUAUCUCAAUUAGCUUUGGAGUUGAAGGCGAAAUCAUUCAACGCAAGGAAGAGAUUUCAAUUGGCAAUUAUUUGUGUAAGAGCUGUAAUCCGUAUUAAACGACUUCAUAUCACGCCGGAACCGCUUUCGACACACGUAGCUUGUAUCGACCCAUAUAGAAUAAAAAUUCUGCGGAAGGUGAUUGAUGGCUGUGCGUUUCGUGUUUACGGGCACUGGGUAAAGAAGGGAGAGGGCCAGAAUCGUGCGGCACUUUUUGAAAAUACACCAAAGACAGAAUUGAAGCAUCUGUAUGUUAGUAAUUUAAGUAGAUAACUAUUACUGCUUUAGUUAAAUUUACUGAUACCGGAAUCUCGAUGGUCCUAACAAAAUAUGUCUCAUAAAGACAGAUGUAACUGUCUUAGUUUUGCAAAAUAUAAAAUAUUCACGAUAGAAAUUUUUUUCUGAAAUUAAAGUAUAGUGGAUAAAUAGUA